UUAGUUUUGAGUAAAAUAAAUGAUUGAGCAUACAUAACACUCUGAAGAAAACUCCAAACAUUCACAAACAAGUAAACGUACCACUUGCCCCCUGAGUAAUUUUUACCUAUCACAAGCUAUCUUACUAUCAUUUUUUGAGUUUUGUACCAUACUCUAUACCUUAUUUACUAACCAAGAGAAUGAUCUAACAUUUUCACUGCCACUUUAGCCAUUGACGUAAUUUGCUGGCAUUGUUUUUAGCCUCUUGCCCUAACACCACCUCAUUUUCUCAUCAGUAACUUGAAUAUAUCACAUUCAUUCAGUCAUUAGAGUGUACCUGAAGCCUAACACUAAUUACCCAAUUAAGAAACAUCUUGACAACUUGCAAAUGACUCUUCAAUCUAUACUAACAUGAGAAAAUCUGCAGAUGCUCCCCUUUACCAUUCCCAUUUCCUUCUCUCGCCUCAUUUCUUUACCUGCCCAUCACCUCCCUCUAGUGCUCCUCCCCUUUCCCUUUCUUUCAUGGUCUUCUACCCUCUCCCAUCAGUUUCUUCUCCAGCUCUUUCACCAAUCUAUUUUUCAGCUCUUUUCUUCAACCCUCCCUCUUCCCAGUUUCACCCAUCAUCUAUUUUCCUCCUUUCCAAAGUGCAGUGUUUGAUUUAUUAUUUUCUAAUCCAACUGCUGGAUAAUGGCCAUCAAGCUCAAUCAAACAAAUCUUUCAUCUUUAUGUAUAUCUUAACAAAUCUGUUUCAUCAAGUGUAUAUACACUGCUCCAUUUAAAAUUUAGUCAAGCCCAGUUUUGUAUUGUUCAUCAAGAAACUAAACACUAUGCUAUUCUUGCAUUGAUUAGAAAAGUCUAAUUUAACAAAUAACUGUCACUUUCUUUGCAAAUCAGAAUGAAUUUGCUGUAACAUCACACUGGGUAUCAAACCCAAUUCCGCAACAUUGUAAAUUUCUUCCAACAAUCUUCUGGAGGAUCUCUGGAGUCGAGGAUUGUGAGGAGAGAAAUUGUUAAUGUUGAAACACUGCACCAAGAGUCAAAUUGUUUGUUGCUCUUGAUUCCAGCAUCUGUGGUCUCUUGUGUCUCCAUGAUUCUUUUUUCAUUUUAUUCUGGCUUUUAAGCCCAAUCUAACAAUUUAUAGCCUUUUGGAUAUUCAUUUACAAACUCACGUUAAUAAUUAACUGUAUCAAGCUAUCUUAUUUCCUGCUUUUCAAUCAAAAUUUACUGCAUGCUUAUUGCAAUUAUACUAAUUUAAUGUGCUGUUUAUUUAACAAUCUACUGCUACUCCCUACAUACUGAUUACCAGAUCAAAUUUAACAAUUGAUUUAUCCACAUAUGCUGCACCUGCCCAUUCACCUACUUGCUCAUCUCCAUUCAGGGCCCCAAACAUUCCUUCCAGGUGAGGCAAUACUUCACCUGUGAAUUUGAUGGGGUCAUCUAUAGUACCUCGAUGCAGGCUCCUCUACAUUGGUAAGAUCCAAUAUAAACCGGAGAAUUGCUGUCAAGCACCACCACUCCAUCUGUCAAAAGCAGAAUUUCCUGGUGGGUAGCCUCCAACCUGAUGGCAUGAGCAUCGAUUUCUCCUUCUGAUGACUUUCUCCCCCCAUUUCUUUUUUUCCUCUUGUAUUUUCCACUUUGGCCUCUUACCUGCCCUUCACCCCCCCCUGCUGCUUUUCCUCUUCCAUUUCUCCUGUGGUCCCCCGAUGCCCAUCCUUCUCCCCUUUCUCUUGUGGGUCACUCUCUUUGAUCACAUUUCUUCUUUUCCAGUGUUUUAUCUUUCCCAUACACCAGGCUUCACCUAUCACAUUCUAGAUCAGGCAUGGGCAAACUACGGCCCGCGGGCCAUAUGCGGCCCGUUAAGCUUUUUAAUCCGGCCCGCAGAACUUGAUGAAAUUAUAUUAAUAAACCUUGUUAACGUUUUCCCCCCCGCAAUUCUGGCGUUUUCCCAAUAGAUGACGCACUCUAUAUACAUUGAUCUUUGUUGAGGUGCAGCGUAUUACUCCACGUUUGCGCUUUACCUUGUGACCUUGUGGCGACCCAUUUUUCUGGCACAUCCGAAUCUGCUCACAAUUAGCCAGCGUUCCGGCUAAGGGAAAUAGCCUGCGGGGAUUUGCGAGCACAGAGCUUUGGAGCCUCUGCGCCACGGGGGGCAGGUUGAGGGAUGCUUAAAAGUGAGGCUGGGGGAUUUCGAAUAAAGUUUUUUCCUUCGACUGCAGUUACCGACUCCGUGUCGUAAUUUUAGCGCUGUGUGUAGAACACCGCUACAACCUCUCACCCCUUCUGUAAAGAUGAGUGGAGCUAAGAAAAGAAAAGUGGAUAGAGAAUGUCGGGUGUUGAAAAAGGAGUGGACAACUAAAUAUCUUUUUACCGAACACAGAUCAACUGCUGUAUGCCUGAUAUGCCAAGAGACUGUGGCGGUUUUUAAAGAAUAUAAUAUCAGCCGUCACUUUGCCACAAAACAUGCCAACUAUGCUAGCGACCAGUCAACGAAAGAACGGGAAGCUAAUGCUCAGAGGUUGGCAGCUAAUUUACAGGCUCAACAAAAUUUUUUUCAUCGUCAAACUGCCAUUCAUGACUCAAGUACCAAGGCGAGUUUUAUGCUGUCAUUCAAAUUAGCAAAGGCCAGCAAGCCUCUGUCUGAAGGUGAGUUUUUAAAAGAAUGUAUGGUGGAGACAGCAGGUGUAUUGUGUCCGGAGAGCAAAGACAAAUUUGAAAAAAUCAGUUUAUCACGCAGGACAGUGACUCGCCGUGUGGAACUGAUAGAUGAAGAUAUAACCAGCGACUUAUAUAAAAAGGCAGAGUCGUUCACGUUAUAUUCAUUAGCACUGGAUGAAAGCAACGAUGUAAAAGACACUGCUCAGCUCAUUUUUAUCCGAGGAAUUAACAAUACUUUUGAAAUAACGGAGGAGUUUUUGACAAUGGAGUCUCUGAAAGGAAAAACACGGGGAGAGGACUUGUAUGACCGGGUGUCUGCUGUCAUCGAAAAUAUGAAGCUCCCUUGGAGUAAACUUAUCAACGUCACCACAGAUGGAUCUCCUAAUUUGACGGGGAAAAAUGUUGGCCUGCUGAGGAGAAUACAGAAUAAAGUGAAAGAUGAAAAUCCUGACCAGGAUGUUAUUUUCCUUCACUGCAUCAUCCACCAGGAAUCUCUAUGUAAAUCGGUAUUACAGCUGAAUCAUGUUGUGAAUCCUGACGUAAAACUUGUCAACUUUAUACGUGCAAGGGGACUUCAGCACCGUCAGUUCAUCACGUUCCUGGAGGAAACUGAUGUGGAUCACCAGGACCUACUUUAUCACUCCCGUGUCCGCUGGUUAAGUUUGGGCAAAGUGUUUCAACGAGUAUGGGAGCUCAAAGAGGAUAUCGGUGCAUUUUUGGAGUUACGGAGGAAGGCUGGCAAAUUUCCUGAGCUGAGCAACAAGAGCUGGCUUUGUGACUUUGCGUUUGCUGUGGAUAUAUUUUCACACAUGAAUGAACUGAACGUGAAGCUACAGGGGAAGGAUCAGUUUGUGAAUGACAUGUACACAAACGUGAAAGCCUUUAAAUCCAAGCUGGUUUUUCUCUCCAGGCAAAUUUCGAAUAAGUUAUUCACUCAUUUUCCCACACUAGCCACGCUGGAAGAGGCCGGCGCAAAUGUGAAAAAAUACAGCGAGUCACUGGAUGCGCUGCACAGAGAAUUCUGCCGUCGCCUUUCUGAUUUUGAAAAAAUUGACAAGUCACUUCGGUUGGUGGCCUGUCCCCUGUCACAAGAUCCUGAAACAGCACCAGAGGAGCUACAGCUGGAACUGAUCGACCUUCAGUCUGACCCCAUCUUAAAAGAGAAGUUCAACUCUCUUAAACUGAAUGACUUUUAUGCUUCACUUGUUAAAGAGGUGUUUCCAAACCUCCAGAGGAUGGCAUAGAAGAUGCUGGCGUUGUUCGGCUCGACCUAUUUGUGUGAACAGGCGUUCAGCGUCAUGAACAUCAACAAAGCCAGCCACAGAUCCAAGUUAACUGACCAACACCUCAGAUCCAUCCUGAGAAUCGCCACAACAAAACUAAAUCCAGACUUUGAUGCGCUGGCUAAAAAGGGAGA